CACAACGUAUUAUUGUAUAAACUUCUGGAGUUUGAUACUGGAAGAAGUCUAAUUGGCCGUUGCCCCACUCUUAUUUGAUGUAACUUUAUAUCACACGUAAUAUCCCUAUUGGCAGAGAGGAUCUUAUCAAUGAAGUCAAAAAUGUUAAUUUUACUGCAUUCGAUAUGUCGGGUCAUGAUCGUCACAGAUCCCUAUGGGAACAUUAUUACAAAGAAUGCCAUGGAAUCAUUUUUAUAAUUGACAGUAGCGAUAAAUUAAGAUUAGUUGUCGUAAAAGAGGAAUUAGAUAUGCUUCUUCAACAUCCUGAUAUAGCAGGACGUAAAUUACCAAUUCUUUUCUUGGCAAAUAAAAUGGAUUUACCUGAUUCAUUAACAACUGUUAAACUAGUCUCAGGCCUUGGACUCGAAAAAAUACAAAAUAAACCGUGGCAUAUACGUGCAACAAAUGCCGUUACUGGUGAAGGAUUACAACCAGCUAUAGAAUGGCUCACGGAUCAAAUCCGGGAUAUAUAUAUUAAUAAAAGACAAUAAGCGAACAUAUUAUCAUUCUUAAAUCAUGCUUAAAAUUUUAUCUUAAAAUUAAUUUUAUCUCAAAUUUUAAGCAUUGUUAUCUAAAAUAUUUAUGUUUUUUUAAUUGUUUUGAAUUUGAUAAGAGAGAAAACAACGUCCACGUUUUAACAGUAUUAGUUUAUAACAUAUUAGACGAAUCCGUCCAAUAGAGCUAAUAACAGGAUAUAGAAUAUUUAAUAUUUUAAUAUUUAAUAUUUACACUAUUUAAUUAUGCUUUAUUCUAUUAUACUAAACAACUAAUUAACAUUUUAGUAAUAUAUUUUAAUUUCAUAAUGUGUGUGUUAUCGCGCUCUUACUCUAGAUGGCGCAAUGUAUAAAAUCGAUUCAGUUAUCACUUGGUCACGUCUAACCUAGUAUUUCUAUAUAUAAAGCCUAGGAGAUUGUAUGCUACGUAAAUACUAUCGUUGUAUUGACUUAUACAGUUUGGCGGAACGCACGUGAACCUACACACUUUAUUAAAUUAUUAUUUAUCUGCGCAAGUAACGAUAAAGAAACAAUAAAUAAAAUGAAUAAAAAAAGUU